CUCCGCGCGGCAUCCUGGGAGCUGUAGUCUGAAGGCACAGUCGGGUCCUACUGCUGCUGCUUUCCCCGGCUUUGAGGCCUUUUCUUCCUUCCUUCGCCGCUUCCUCGGAGGCUCCGGCCUCGCUCUGCUUUUGUUUCAGCGCCGCAGCGAGGAGAUGCGAUGACAACGUCCGCCCUCCAGAAAGCCAUUGAUUUGGUCACGAAAGCCACGGAGGAGGACAAGGCCAAGAACUAUGAGGAAGCCCUGCGUCUCUACCAGCAUGCGGUGGAGUAUUUCCUGCACGCCAUCAAGUACGACGCGCACAGCGACAAGGCCAAGGAGAGCAUCCGGGCGAAGUGCGCGCAAUACCUGGACCGGGCCGAGAAGCUGAAGGACUACUUGCGGAACAAGGAGAAGCAGAGCAAGAAGCCCGUCAAGGAAACCCAGAAUGAUGGCAAAGGGAGUGACAGCGACAGCGAAGGGGACAACCCCGAGAAGAAGAAACUGCAGGAGCAGCUGAUGGGUGCCAUCGUGAUGGAGAAGCCCAACGUGAGAUGGAAUGACGUGGCCGGUCUGGAGGGAGCCAAGGAGGCCCUCAAGGAGGCCGUCAUCCUCCCCAUCAAGUUCCCCCACUUGUUCACGGGGAAACGCACCCCGUGGCGAGGGAUCCUCCUCUUCGGCCCGCCAGGCACUGGGAAGUCCUACCUGGCCAAAGCUGUGGCCACCGAAGCCAGCAACUCUACCUUCUUCUCCAUCUCCUCUUCGGACCUGGUGUCCAAGUGGCUUGGAGAGAGUGAGAAGUUGGUGAAGAACCUCUUUGAGCUGGCCAGGCAGCACAAGCCCUCCAUCAUCUUCAUCGACGAAGUGGACUCUCUGUGUGGCUCCCGGAACGAGAACGAGAGCGAAGCAGCGCGACGGAUCAAGACGGAGUUCCUGGUGCAGAUGCAGGGCGUCGGCAACAACAACGACGGGACGCUGGUCUUGGGCGCCACAAACAUCCCCUGGGUCUUGGACGCUGCCAUUCGGCGAAGGUUUGAGAAGCGCAUCUACAUCCCUCUCCCGGAGGAGCCAGCCCGGGCCCAGAUGUUCAAGCUGCACCUGGGCAACACGCCCCACAGCCUGACAGACACCAACAUCCAUGAACUGGCCCGCAAGACGGACGGCUACUCGGGGGCCGACAUCAGCAUCAUUGUACGCGAUGCCCUCAUGCAGCCCGUGCGCAAAGUCCAGUCGGCCACCCACUUCAAGAAGGUCCGCGGCCCUUCCCGCACGACCCCCGGCGUGACAGUGGAUGACCUGCUGACCCCGUGUUCUCCGGGGGACCCUGGCGCCAUCGAGAUGACCUGGAUGGAGGUGCCGGGGGACAAGCUCCUGGAACCCGUGGUCUGCAUGUCGGACAUGCUGCGCUCGCUGGCCACCACUCGCCCCACCGUCAACGCAGAGGACCUCCUCAAGAUCAAGAAGUUCACAGAAGACUUUGGCCAGGAGGGCUAGCACCGCUGGGCCAUUUUGCCGCAGAGAAAAGGAAGGCCUUUUGUGCCGGUGGCCGGCUGUGCCAAGCUGAGCUUUGCCCCCGUCUUGGCGCUCUGCCCGUCUCUACUUGGGGGGCCUGGUUUUUGGAGAAAGGGGGGAGACGGCGGCACAGCCUCGCAAUGCGCAAUGGACGCCAAGGUCCCUCCCCCCCUUUUCAGGACACCCCACCUCCUUUACAGUUGCUGUUUUUUUCUUUUUAAUUACCGCUGCUUGAUUUUGUGUCCAUACGAAUAAAAACACAGCCCAAACCUGCCGCCGGUCCACAGCCUUUUUCCUGAGGCCUGGCUGUCUCUCUUGACUGGAACAAAAUGUAUCAGAUGGCUCUCCUGUGGCCACUUCUCAUCCGUCGGGAGAUAAAUGAAGAGCAGGGAGGCCUCUCUCUCCGUUGCAUCAAACAUUUGGACCCAAGAUCCAGAGUGGCUCAGCUGCCUUCCUUUCCUUCUACGGCGGCCGCUUGCAUGGCUUCCCUUCUGGCUGCAAGAGAACACUGUCUGGAUUCCUCCAUCCUGCCAGGCUGCAAACAGACUGGAACGGUGCAGAUCGGCCUUUCUUUGGUUGCCGCUCUCCCUGCUUUUUCUGGGAAGGAUUCUGGCCCAGUUGGGCCAAUGAUACCACCUGUAUCACAGCAAAUGGUUGGCAUGAGUCUUGCCCGGGGACUGAUGUCUAGAGGGAAGGAUCGCUGAUUCGGUUACGUUCCUUUGGACUGACUCCUUCCUUGUUUCCUCUCUGCAGGCCCCCAUUCCUUCCCUAGGGAUGGAUUUCUUAUUUGGAUGCCACUUGCACUGCCUCCUACCGCUCCCUAUCCCUGGCAAGGCUUUUGCUCCUCCAAAACAUUUGGCUUGGCACCCUGCGACACUUAACACACACCCCUCCUGCUUUAGUCCCACCUUAGCAUUACUGAGGAAGGCCUGGUGGAUGUGUUUGAGAGGGAUUUCUAGUGCUAAGGGCUGAGCCGAGCCUUUCUCUCCAGUUCCUGGACCUGUGUAGAUCAAUGCCUGUCUGGGGAGGGACGGUUUAGAAAGUAAUAAAAAGUGUUGGAAACAA